AUGCCUCAAGCUACUCAGCAGCCUACCGAGCAUAAUGAGUCUUUCCUCGAAAGGAUCCUUGAUCGCCACCACGAGCAUGAAAACAAGGGCCAGGCUGCCGAGAACAAGCCUCAGGCCGACGAGGGUGAGCUGCAUUCCGAUCUGAAGAAACACGAGGAAGGCUUCAAGCAAUACCUCAAAGAGGAUAAGCAACUUGAAGAAGAGGGCCAAGCCUAUGGAGGCUUGAUGUAG